AUCAAUAUGAGCACGACUACGAGUGACACGAUAAUAGUCGGAGCAGGAAUAAUCGGCCUAUCAACCGCGUACUACCUGAGUGAAUCCAAAUCCACGCCGGCGUCGAGCAUACAUCUAGUCGACGCGAGUAAAGAGCUGUUGAACUGCGCAUCCGGUUAUGCGGGAGGUUUCGUAGCAGAAGAUUGGUUCGCACCAUCCAAUGCUCCACUCGGAGCGCUAUCCUUCAAACUUCACAAAGAUCUCGCAGCCAAGUACAAUGGCCGGAAUAAAUGGGGCUAUUGUGCAAGCACGAGCUUCUCAUCCAGUCAGCCCCAAGAUUGCGAGGAGGCCGUUGGAGGGAGUGGUGAGGAUUGGCUCGCGGAUGGGACGAGCAGAGCACAGGCGGUGGCAGCGGAUUCGAAGAGCGCUGUUGGACAGAAACCGGCUUGGUUGAAGAGAACGGAGGAAGGUAUCUUGGAGGAGAUCAGUGCUAAAGGCAGUGUUGCGCAGAUAGAUCCGUUGCGAUUCUGCCAAUGGCUUAAAGAGCAGCUAUUAGAGAGAGGGGUGACUAUUCAUCAUCCCGCAAGAGUUAUUUCCGUGUCAAAGGAUGGAGAUGGGCAACUCAAUGGGGUUCGGCUCUCUGAGGGUGGAACAGAGAAUGAACUGCCCUGCAAGAAUCUGGUCAUCAGCUCAGGCGCCUGGACUCCCCGCGUAUUCUCGUCUCUUUUUCCAAAGUCGAAAGCGCGUAUCCCUAUCUCUCAUUUAGCUGGCCACUCGCUCCUCCUAAAUAAUCCACUCCACAAAGUAGACGAGGAGGAUAUAGAAUCAUGUCAUUCUGUGUUCGCCACAGAUACUUUGGGUUUCUCGCCAGAGUGGUUCUCGAGGCUAGGAGGCGAACUGUACCUCGCCGGUCUCAACAGCACACUCAUACCACUUCCAGACGCCGAUGAGAACGUCAAGGCCGAUCCCAAGUCUGUUGAGCAACUGAAGCAGUGUGCAGCGGAAAUGAUAGGGGCUGUGGAGGGAAAAGAGUUGGAAGUUAAGAGAGAAGCAUUGUGCUUCCGACCGGUCACAGCAAGCGGUCGACCGAUUGUAUGUCGCAUACCAGACGACAAGUUAGGCGGUGGACUCAAGACUCGCGGAGGAAGCGAGGGGGGAGUUUUCCUCGCAGCUGGGCACGGCGCUUGGGGUAUCUCCCUUGCUCCAGGUACUGGACUGGUCUUGUCUGAGUUGAUUCAAGGGCGGGUUCCGUCUGCGAAUAUCUCCGCGCUGACUUUGCCGUCGCUAUGA